UGUUUUCAGUCCUGUAUUUAAGCUGAUGAUGGCUUGUGUAAAGCCGAAACGCGUCCUUUUAUAUGUUUUUUAACAAUAAUAAAUAACCUUGUGGUACAUCUUCGAGUUUUUUGUAAUUGGUUUACCUCGAGACCACAUUUGAGAGAAUGGUAAGCAUACCAAAUAGGACUGAAGAAAACCUUCAAGUGAUUUAUUGUAGUCUUAAGAAUACAGAUAACAAAAGUUUCGAACUGCAUCCCAUUAUGAAAGCCUCACUAAUGCUGAUAGAUAUAGAACACCACACUAGCCCACCAGAUGGAGUUAUUUUUCUAGCUGAUAUGAAAGGGUUCGGGUUGUUUCACGUAUUCAAGUUAAAUCCAAUCUCGUUAAAGAAAUAUUUCACAUAUCUUGGAGAAGGAGUACCAACUCAGUUCAAAGGAAUGCAUUUCAUGAACGGAAAUUAUUUCGUGGAUCAAUUGUUGAGCAUUCUUAAGGCGUUUAUUGAUCCAGACGUUAUAAACAGGCUACAAGUCCAUUCAGCAGGCUGGAAUCCAGAAGAACUAUUCCCAAAGAAAUGUUUACCCAAAGAACUUGCAGGGGAUCUAGAAUCUGAAGAUGUACUUUGCGAAAGGACUAUACAGCUGUUCAAAGAUCGAGAAAAUUUUUGGAAGGCGGAAGAGGAACUAAGGAAAAGUGUACUUAAAUAAAAGCACAUUGCAUGUGAUAGUAGUUAUUAAGGAAAUAUAUA